AUGGAACUUUCACAAACACCAACAACCUCAAGCAACAGAUAUUCCUUGCGACAAAAUGACACUGCACAUACCAUCGAGACACGGUAUAUGGAAAUGCUUCUUGAACUUGAUUCUAUUCCAUGGUUCUAUAGUAUUCUUGCCGAUGGUGCCAACUGGAUGCUUCUAGCAGGGUACCUCGUUUUACCAGGAACUUUUACUUCUCUUCAAGACUCUCGAAUCCUGGAAGAUAGCUUGAAGGCAACCGCCACAGGUCAAAAAAUUCUCAGUACGAUCCAGAAUCCCCCCUUGCUCGCUAUCGCCGUAUUUUUCCUUGUCUCGGGAGCUUUUGUCAUGACAUGGCUUGCGUGGGAGAGAAGAAACAAUUAUAUCUGGCUUCUUAAUCGACUCUUUAUACCCACUCUUUUAAAUGCCGCGUCUGGUUUGAUUGCGACAUUAAUCAAUGUUUUUACGGCCCAGGGAGGUAGCUGGUCUAUCAUGGCUCUUAUGGCAACGAUAGUAACCGCCCUCACUGUUUCGGUUUCUCUGGGUUUAUUCAUUAUUUACAGGUUUGGAAAGCUCCUUAAAGUAAAGCAGGAGCAUGAUCGAGAGAUGAUAGCAGAGUUUCACCGAGUUCAUACUUGA